AUGUCAGAAACUGCAGGGAGAAUUGGACUCAGGAUCAAUGUAAAUAAAACGAAAGACUUUUCGCCAUAUGUGCAAGAAGCUGAUAAAAUGCCUCUUUUUGUAAAUUCAUUGCCGGUUGAGGAAGUGCCGGAUUUCAAAUACCUUGGGUCCACUUUAAUACCGAAUGGACAGGCAAAAGAUGAUAUUACAACUCGGAUCACGGCAGCUAGAAAAGCGUUCUUCCGGUUGACGAAACCUUUAUGGAGUCACCAUAAAAACGAAAGUCCGCAUCUAUAUUGCCAUGAUCCGUUCGAUCUUACUGUAUGGUUCUGA